GUUGCUGAAUUUUUUCCCCAUGCCAUCGUAUCGGAAUCUCACUCUUCAGUGUUUGACAGAGGUUGCAGCACUUAAUUUUGGAGAUUUCUACAAUGCCCAGUACGUUAAGAUGUACACCAUAUUCAUGAAACUGUUGCAGACCAUGAUUCCUCUUAAUACAAACAUUCCUGAGGCUUAUGCAAUUGGUUCCAGCGAAGAGCAGGCUUUUAUUCAGAAUUUGGCUUUGUUUUUCACUUCAUUUUAUAAGGCAAGUUUUUUUCUUUUUUCCCUUCAUACUUUCUUGAUCUUAGUAUUUACCACGUUUUGUUAUAUUUAUAUCUCAAUGGCCAUCCUCUUAUGGUUGUAAGUUAUGGUUCAUUUAGUUGUAGAACAGGCUUAAUGUGUCAAUAAGGCACUGCUUAAGGGAUUUAAUAAGAUAAUAUGGAAUCACAUUGUUUCCUUGUCAAAUAUCAAAGAUUUGAAGUUGCUGUUUAAAUACAUUGCAACAUUCACUGCUUAAGGGAUUUAAUAAGAUAAUAUACAAUCACAUUGUUUCCUUGUCAAAUCUCAAAGAUUUGAAGUUGCUGUUUAAAUACAUUGCAACAUUUACAUCGUUCUAUCCUUGU